GCGGUGCAGGCCGCGGGCAGCCGGAGCAGUAGCAGUAGCAGCGCCAUGCCGUUCGUGGAGCUGGACACCAGCCUGCCGGCCGAGCGGCUGCCGCCGGGGCUGGCGCAGACCCUGUGCGCCGCCGCCGCGGAGAUCCUGGGCAAACCGGCGGAGCGGGUGAACGUGACGGUGCGGAGCGGGCUGGCCAUGGUGCUGUCGGGCUCGGCCGAGCCCUGUGCCCAGCUGGCGGUGUCGUCCAUCGGCGUGGUGGGCACGGCGGAGCAGAACAAGGCGCACAGCGCCCGCUUCUUCGAUGUCCUGACGGCGCAGCUGGGCCUGGGCCCCGACCGGAUUGUCAUCCGCUUUUACCCUCUGGAGCCCUGGCAGAUUGGCAAGAACAGGACAGUCAUGACAUUCCUGUGAUCCUUGGAGCAGCUGCUGGAGCAAAGCCAGGAUGAAGGCAACCCAGAGAUGAUCAGCUCUGUCUGUCUGUCUGCUUGUUUCCUCUUGUGAUCCAAUCUGUGUAGCUCGAUUCACUUUUGUAUUUGCGUCCUGUACACACAAAGUUCAAGACUGAGGUAAUCAGCUGAUUUUACUGAAAUAGUUCAAAGUCUUUGUUUCAAGUUCAGGCCUAGACAAAGCUGCUUGUAGCAGUAAAAAGUUUAAUUCUAGAACAUUUGGCUUUAUUCAGGACCAGAGAGGUUCUGAGGUUUAUCUAGUUUUUCUUAUAAUUCGCAAGGCAGAAAAAAUCCUUUUUUCUGUUUCUGUGUGGCAGCAGAAGAGUCUCAGGCCAGUGAAGAUGACCUGGAAGUCAAAUUCUUUUCUUUUUUCAGGCUCCCCUGAAAGCCCUUUCUGGAAAGAGGGGUGAUUAUUGGGAGAGAAGUUUAGGCAUUGAAGAAUCAUAUCAGAUCUUGUGCUCUGUGCUCUGCCCUUGCCUCCUCCUGUGACUGCUCCCACAAAUUGUCUUGUUCACAAAGUUUCCAGGGCUCAAUGUCUGUCUGCUGAUGGCAGUGGCUGGAGGAGAGAGUUACUGCUGAAUACCUGAACUGUGCCACCAGAAAAUAUUUUGAAGUUUCUGCUACUGCCAGCUUUAAUUCCUGUUAUUCACUGCUUGUCCAAAGUCCUUUUCCUUGCUGUUAUGGGGAGUUCUGGGAUGAUAACAGCCUCUCAUUGUGAUCUGUGGCUGAUGUUUCUGGCUCACUUUCCCUGCAGAGAAGUGUUUUGGGUUUUUAGGACCCAUAUACUCCCUCACUUUGUAAGUAGAAUACACAGGGCAUUUCAUUAUAACUAAAGCAGGGUACUUUUUGUGUACAAUGUUGCCUCUGCCUUCUGCUGCUAAUAAAAUUAUUUAUCAGUU